AAUAUUCUCUUCUCUUCCUCCUUCACAAGGUAUUCAAUACUCUGCAACGAAGCUGUCAGUACUGGAAAGUUGAGCUGAGCUGAGCUGGGGAAAAUGCAAGUCUUAGGUGUAGUUGCGGUAAUAUUAGCAGUGUACUGCGUACAUGCAAAGAUUUACUUUCGGGAGGAGUUUCUGGACGGUGAUGAAUGGAGAAGUCGCUGGGUGAACUCCAAACACAAAUCUGACUAUGGAGAGUGGAAACUGACAGCUGGCAACUUCUAUGGAGAUGCUGAGAAAGACAAAGGUCUGCAAACAAGCCAGGAUGCUCGUUUCUAUGCUGCCUCUGCCCGUUUUGAGCCUUUCAGCAACGAGGGCAAGCCUGUGGUCAUUCAGUUUACAGUCAAGCAUGAGCAAAAGAUUGACUGUGGUGGUGGCUAUGUGAAGGUCUUCCCUGAUGACUUGGAUCAGACUGCCAUGCAUGGCGACUCCUCUUACUACAUCAUGUUUGGCCCUGAUAUCUGUGGCUACAGCACCAAGAAAGUCCACGUCAUCUUCAAUUACAAGGGCAAGAAUCACCUCAUCAAGAAAGAGAUUAAGUGCAAGGAUGAUGAGCUGACCCACAUGUACACGCUGAUCCUAAAUCCAGAUCAGACCUAUGAGGUCAAGAUUGAUAAUGAGAAGGUAGAAUCUGGCAGUCUGGAGGAAGACUGGGACUUCCUGCCUCCUAAGAACAUUAAGGACCCCGAAGCCAAGAAGCCAGAGGACUGGGAUGACAAUGCCAAGAUGGAUGAUGCUGAUGACACCAAGCCUGAGGACUGGGACAGAUCUGAGAACAUUCCAGACCCUGAUGCUAAAAAGCCUGACGACUGGGACGUGGAUAUGGAUGGAGAGUGGGAGCCACCCAUGAUCCCUAACCCAGAGUACAAGGGAGAAUGGAAACCCAAACAGGUGGACAACCCCAACUACAAAGGACCCUGGGUGCAUCCCGAGAUUGACAAUCCUGAAUACAGUGCUGAUUCAAACAUCUACAAGUUUGACAAAAUUUCUGUUUUAGGUCUUGAUCUUUGGCAGGUGAAAUCUGGAACCAUCUUUGACAACUUCCUAGUCACCGACGAUGUGAAGGAAGCAGAAGACAUUACAAAUGAGACAUGGGGUGUGACAAAGGAACCAGAGAGAAAAAUGAAACAGGAGCAAGAUGACCUGAAACGAAAAGAAGAAGAGGAGAAGACUAAAGAACAAGACACCGAAGUUGAGGAGGAUGGUGAGGAUGGUGAAGAUGGCGAUGAUGAAGAUGAUGAAAUCGAUGAGGAGGAGGAGGAGGAUACAAAGGACGAAAUGGAGGAGGCCCUUUCAGAAAUGGAUGAAGAAGAAGCAAAGCUUAAAGAUGAGCUUUGAGGAGAUGUGGCAAGAGAUUUUGUCUGUGCCGCCUUUAGAAACUCUGUCCUGUAUUUCCCGGGGGUAUUGUGGCUGCUGUGCAUCCUUCCCCUGAGAUUUGGACACAACCCAAUGGUUGGCUGGGUGUUAAUUGACUUAGUUUCUCUUUAAUUUGUGUCAUGAUGUUAACUUGUUGCCCCUGAAGUGCUGGAUUUAAUCUUAAGGUUUUCCAUCUACAAAGUCCAUUCUUCAUUUUGUAAUAACAGAUAAUAAGGAGGCACUGACAUCCAAUGUUUUCUUGAUUCUCACUUCUUAUUUUAUAUGCAGAUUCCCUUGUACAGGUUUCACAGAAGCUGUGAUAAAAAAUGACAAUUUGAGAUUUGCAGAGAAUAAGCCAUUCAGAUGUGUCCCUGGAGGAACAUUCCUCUUACAACCUGGUGAAACAAACAAUGCACACGUCUGAACAUAAAAUGCAUAAACCAGUAAGAUUUAACUGCAAAACAAAUCACAAAAUACAGACAGCAAUCGAGAUUGUUAUGCAACGUAUUUCUUGUCUGUGGCACUGACUUUUUACUUUCCUUUCCACACUCUUUAAGGCAUAAUUGAAUGGAGUGUUCAGACUUAAAUUAAUCUUCAUCUAAGGGCACAAUGAAAUGGUUUUUCUACAUUGAAAUGCAUUUAUUUCUUCGUGGUAAUGUGAUGGAACCUGAAUUAAAUCCUGACAGUCUGGAGAAACGGAUGGUGGGCCCCUGGUGUGACUCAUGACAUCACUAAAGGUCACACUUAUUUUUAUUGGCCAGAAUGUUAUUGAUACCAAAGUUUUUAUUAAAAGAUUAUAACCCUA